AGAAUUUCAUCAAUUACGAUGGGAUAAUGCAAACAAUAACCCUUUAUACUAUUACCGAGCCAGGUAUAGAAAUACCGGCCUUAGUUUGCUCAAGCACGCAUUUGGUCUCAGAGGCAGCCAGUUGACUGAUGGGUUUUGCUGGUGAUGCCUUUCGGAAUCCCGCCUUACAACUUCAACCUCAAUACUUACCUAGGGUCCUCUGUAUUCACGCCCCAUAACCAUAAGAUAUCGCUCCAGGCCAGCAAAUAUUAUGCUCAUUCAAUCUCCUACGUCGGAUAUUCUUAGUUGCACCGUUCAUUUCUAAUUUCAUUCACUCAGUCCUUUGGGUUGCUACAACAGCGACCUCACGACUACCGACUCCAGUUUUGCCUGGGCUCAAAACACAUUGCUAACCAGCUUUAAGACAUCCUUACACAUUAUACCUAAUUGUGUACAAAUUCAGUAUUCCUCUAUCCCUACUACCCUUACGCCCUCGCAAUGGGAACAACCUCCGUCCGCCGCAAUCUCUUCCACCACCACAUUAGCAAACGCGCUGGCUCGACUGGCCCCGCAGGUUCAUCUGCACAGGGCAAACCCAGCAACGGAACCUCUGGCCUAUCAUCGCAGCUGCUGCAAUCAAAUUCGUCUGAAGCACCUACAUCUUUGAGCGCCGGAUCCGUUGACAACGGUGAAAUCGUGGUUAAGGACAAGAACGGUAGCUACAAGCUUGAUGUCCCUGUACUACCCCCCUUGAUUGGCGAAGAUGGUGAGGAAAUGGAGGGUAUAGAAGGUGUGGGUGCCGGCGAUGGUUCCGGCGCAGCAGGGGGCAAUUUGAGCGCGCAGGAGAAAGAGAAGAUGGAGGCAAACCUCGUUGAGAUGAUGUAUCGGAAUCGAAACAGACAAAUGAGUAUCGAGCCUGCCGAAAUACUCAACCGUAUACACCAGAGCCUUCGCAAUAAGGUUGCCGCCUUGGAGGAAGAUAACUGGAUGUACGAGGCUGAAGUCGACUCAAGGGCCUAACCGAUUCGUUUGCGA